UACCCUCCCAGUUCCUCCAGCCCUGGCUUCCUCUUUCCCAAACAGGUCAGCCCAAACAAAUUGAGGCCUUCAUCCUGUAAGGAGUGCUCAAAAUGCGUGCUGGAAUGCAAGUCCCUCAGUGGCUCCUGCUGCUCCUCCUUACCCUGUCAGGCACAGGUUCAGACCCUGUGCUCUGCUUCACCCAGUAUGAGGAGUCCUCUGGCAGGUGCAAAGGCCUGCUUGGGGGAGAUAUCAGUGUGGAAGACUGCUGUCUCAAUGCUGCCUAUGCCUUCCAGGAGCACGGUGGUAGCCUCUGUCAGCCAUGCAGGUCCCCACGAUGGUCAUCAUGGUCUUCAUGGGCUCCCUGCUCAGUUACAUGCUCUAAGGGGUCUCAACUGCGACAUAGGCGCUGUGUGGGCAGGGGUGGGCAGUGCUCUGAGAAGGUGGCUCCUGGAACUCUUGAGUGGCAGCUACAGGCCUGUGAGGACCAGCCAUGCUGUCCAGAGAAGGGUGGCUGGUCUGAGUGGGCACCCUGGGGGCCUUGCUCUGUCACCUGCUCCAAAGGAACACAGACCCGUCAACGAGUAUGUGAUCAUCCUGCUCCUAAGUGUGGAGGCCACUGCCCAGGAGAGGCCAAGCAAUCACAGGCCUGUGACACUCAGAAAGUCUGCCCCACACAUGGGGCCUGGGCAGCCUGGGGUCCCUGGAGCUCCUGUUCAGGAUCCUGCCUUGGAGGAGCUCAAGAACCUAAGGAAACACGAAGCCGCACGUGUUCUGCACCAGUACCUUCACGCCAGCCUGCUGGGAAGCCCUGCUCAGGAGCAACCUAUGAGCGUCGGGGUUGCACUGGCCUGCCACCCUGCCCAGUGGCUGGUGGCUGGGGGCCAUGGGUCUCUUUGGGCCCCUGCUCUGUGACUUGUGGCCUGGGCCAAAUCCUAGAACGACGGACAUGUGAUCGCCCUGUACCCCGUCAUGGGGGCCGCUUCUGUGCUGGUGAUGCCACUCGGACCCAUGUCUGUAACACAGCUGUGCCUUGCCCUGUAAAUGGGGAGUGGGAGGCCUGGGGAAAAUGGAGUCAUUGCAGCCGUCUGAGAAUGAAGUCCAUCAGCUGUAAUGAGAUCCCAGGCCAGCAAUCACGCUCAAGGAACUGUGGAGGCCGCAAGUUUAAUGGGCAACCAUGUACUGGGAAACUCCAGGACAUUCGAUACUGCUAUGAUAUCCAUAACUGUGUCUUGCCAGGUUCAUGGUCACAGUGGAGUGCCUGGGGUCUGUGCACACCACCAUGUGGACUCAACCCCACUCAUAUUCGCCAGCGCCUCUGCACACCUUUGCUCCCUAAGUUCUCGCCUACAGUUUCCAUGGUUGAAGGUCAGGGUGAGAAGAAUGUUACCUUCUGGGGAACCCCAAGGCCACAAUGUGAGGAGCUACAGGGGCAGAAGCUGGUGGUGGAAGAGAAACAGCCAUGUCUACAUGUGCCUGCCUGCAGAGACCCAGAGGAGGAGAAACCCUAAAAGUGCUUGCUUCUAUUCUGACCCCCUGACCUUCCAGACCUCAAUAAAUCAGCCUGUCUAGA